AUGGACUGUAACUGCGUCAGUGAUCUGCUGCUCCCCCCGGUGCCAGCACUCUGGACGCCAGGGUUCGCCUUCCCAGACUGGGCCUACAAGCCUGAGUCGAGCCCCGGGUCCAGGCAGAUCCAGCUGUGGCACUUCAUCCUGGAGCUGCUGCAGAAGGAGGAGUACCAGGGGGUGAUUGCGUGGCAGGGGGACUACGGAGAGUUUGUCAUCAAGGACCCGGACGAGGUUGCUCGGCUGUGGGGGAUACGGAAAUGCAAACCUCACAUGAACUACGACAAGCUGAGCCGGGCACUGAGGUAUUAUUACAACAAGCGCAUUUUGCACAAAACCAAAGGGAAGCGUUUUACCUACAAGUUUAACUUCAGUAAGGUGGUGUUGGUGAACUACCCCAUCCUGGACAUGGCCAACUCUCCCUUCUUCCUGGCCCAGAAUCACUUCAAUGGGGGCUCCACGGCACCAGACUGCAGCCCAGAGGCCAUACAGUCCCUGUUUCCUCGUUUGCCAGACUCUGGCAGGGGAACGUCCCUGUUUGAUCGAGGCACCGCGGCGCCAGGGCCCGAAGGAGACAAGCUGAGGCUGGAUACAUUCCCCUUCCUCAGUUCAGGUGCCCCGUGCUACACCAAACCCCCGUCCCUGCUGGGCCCGUACCCUCGCAACCCACCCUUUGACUACCCCUGGGGCUUCAACCCCUACCUCCCAGGGGCCUUCUCUCUCAAUAACUGCCCCAAACUGCCCCCUGGCUCCCUCUACCCCUCCCAGUUUUACCCCAACCCUUUGCAGAGCAGCCUUUCCCAGCUGCCUCACCCCUUCUCCUCCCUGCUCCCCCCAGGGGAGGCAGGUGGGGGCGAGAGGGGAGCGGCGGGCCAAACCGGAGGGACAAACGGCACGGCGGGUGGUCAGCCGGUCAGACUGUGCCUGCCACCCUACCCCGGGAGCCUGUCAAUGGGUCGGACGGACAUUGGCAACGGGGCGGCGUUGGGGGAGAGAGAGAGGGUGGAGGCCAAUCCUCCGGGCACGGGGCUCAGUCUGGGGCUGGGAGCGGUCGGCCUGGGAGCCGGGACUGGGACGGGGCAGCAGAGCCCCACGGAGAGGAGAGGAGGGGUGAAGCAGGACCCGGAGUCAGACUCAGACCUGGAGAUCACAGAUCUGAGCGACUGCAGCUCGGAGAACGAAAACGAGCACGAGUUCAGCAUCAGGAAGGAUUCCAGCCUGGCGAACCGAUCACAGAUAGUGCUGGACGGAAAGAAAGGGAGCGUGCUGCCACCCAUCUCCUCUCUUCCCCCGACAGUGUCCCCGCAUCCUCUGAAGAGCCUGAUGCCCAUCAGUCCCCCGCCCCCGUCCCUGCCUCCAUCACUUUCCCCCUCCAUGGCUCUGCAUGAAAGACACAGGGAGACAGAGACUCUCAAAAUGAUACACAGCUAAUACAUUUUCU